AUGAGAGCAGAUUUCUUCUGACUUCUGCAGUUCUCUCACAGUCACCGACUCUUCUGGCAGCUUUCUGACUUUUUCUGUGUCGCUUGUUUGAUUGUUCUGUUCCAUCCUUUUUUCAGAUAUUCAGCGCAAAUAAUUUUGCAGUUAGGUACUGCUGUAACGUACCUCUAUCACGGGAGUGACGGUUCCAUUCAUUGAUUCACCGAUUUGGCGAAGGCGUUGAGUGAUACACUGCACUAGCCUGGUUUGUGUUCCGCCACGCUUUGCGCUUGUGAAGAAUCCCUGCCAAUGGCCAUCAUGGCUAUGAAUGACAAGAAUCCCGAAAAGUCCCGCUACCAAAGCCCGUUGGAGCAGCGCUAUGCCAGCGAGGAGAUGUGCUAUAACUUCAGUGAGCGCAAGCGCAUCAUCACCUGGAGAAAUCUGUGGAUCUGGCUGGCUAAAUCGCAACAGAUGCUGGGUUUGAACAUCCAAGAAGACCAGAUUGCGGAAAUGCAGGCCAACGUGGAGCGCAUUGACUGGGAUUUUGCGCUGGCGGAGGAGAAGCGUGUCCGGCACGAUGUGAUGGCGCAUGUGCGGACCUUCGGGAAGGAGUGCAAGAAAGCCGAAGCCAUUAUCCAUCUGGGAGCCACAUCCUGCUACGUGACCGACAAUACCGAUCUUAUCUGCAUCCGCGAUGGGCUGCAAAUACUCCUGCCGAAGCUGGCGCGCUGCAUUGAUCGUCUGAGUAAAUUUGCUGAUGAUUACAAAGCCUUGCCUACUCUGGGAUACACUCAUUUGCAGCCAGCGCAGUUGACCACGGUCGGGAAGCGUGCCGCGCUGUGGAUAGGCGAUCUGGUGAUGGAUCUGCAUAAUUUCGAACGGAUCAAAACCGAUCUGCGCUUCCGCGGCGUCAAGGGCACCACCGGGACGCAGGCCAGUUUCGUCCAGCUGUUCGAUGGGUUCGACGAAAACGUUCAGAAUCUGGAUCGUCUCGUCUGCGAUCUUGCCGGCUUCAAGAAGUGUUUUGUCAUUUGCGGACAGACAUACACGCGCAAACAGGAUUUGGAAGUUUUAUCGGUGUUGGCUGGACUGGGAUCGUCCGUGCAUAAGAUCUGUACGGACAUUCGUCUGCUGGCCAGCUUUAAGGAGAUUGAGGAGCCUUUCGAGGAGGACCAGAUCGGAUCGAGCGCGAUGCCCUACAAGCGCAAUCCGAUGCGCAGUGAACGCUGCUGCAGUCUGGCGCGCCAUCUGAUGAACCUGGUCAACGAUGCCCUGCAGACGCACGCGGUGCAGUGGAUGGAGCGGACUUUGGACGAUAGUGCCAAUCGACGUAUUUGCAUUCCGGAUGCUUUCCUGAUCGCGGACGCUCUGCUGAUUACACUGCAGAACAUUUGUGAAGGGCUGGUGGUUUAUCCCAACGUGAUUCAGCGGCGUAUCCGCGAGGAACUGCCCUUUAUGGCCACCGAGAGCAUUCUCAUGGCCAUGGUAAAGGCCGGUGGCGAUCGGCAGGAAUGCCAUGAAAAACUGCGCGAAUUAUCGCAGCUGGCGGGGAAUGUCGUCAAGCAGGAGGGCAAGGACAACGAUCUGCUGCAGCGCAUCCGCAACGAUGCUUACUUCGCCAAGAUCCAUCAGCAACUGGACGACCUGAUGAAUCCGAAGGCGUUCACGGGACGCGCCGAACAACAGGUGAAAGAGUUUCUGGAUUUGGAAGUGCGUCCCGUGCUGAAUGCGUACACGAAGGAGCUGGCUGGCAUCGUGAGGGUGGAAUUGUGAUGGAUGCUACCGCAUCCUGGAAUUUUGAGCAGUGUUUACACAAUCAUGAAUAUUAUUAGUAAUUAUUGUUUUUACCGACCAGACGUCGAAGUCCCGUUAAUCGGGUUUGUAAUGUUAACGUUGCGAGAUUUCCAUAUACCGUAAUUGUCCGCUCGUUUAUUGUUGUUGUUGUUGUUGUUAUCCUUUGUUUGUUGUAUUUAGUUCUCGAUGGAAUAAAGAGCAGAUCGUUCUAUAGGGUUCUCUGCUCUUGA